AUGACCUGUGAUAAGUCUGACCAACUGCAAGUAUGAGAGUGUGCGUCGGGCUGCUCAGCAGUAUGGCUUACGGGAAGCAGGUGAGAAUGAUGAGUGGAACCUCUAUUGGACAGACUAUUCAGUCUCACUGGAUCGGGUAAUGGAAAUGAAAAGUUACCAGAAAAUCAACCACUUCCCUGGGAUGAGUGAAAUCUGUAGGAAGGAUCUGCUGGCCAGGAACAUGGCCAGGAUGCUAAAGCUCUUUCCAAAAGAAUUUAACUUCUUUCCCAGGACCUGGUGUCUUCCUGCUGACUACGGAGAUUUGCAGACCUAUAGCAGAUCAAGGAAACAUAAGACAUAUAUCUGUAAGCCCGACUCUGGCUGUCAGGGGAGAGGCAUCUUCAUCACCAGAUCUGUGAAAGACAUAAAACCCGGAGAGGAUAUGAUCUGCCAGCUCUACAUCUCAAGGCCUUUUAUUAUUGAUCGUUUUAAGUUUGAUCUGAGGAUUUAUGUGCUGGUGACAUCAUGUGACCCUCUGAGGAUAUUUGUCUAUAAUGAGGGCCUUGCACGCUUUGCUACAUCAGCCUACUCUGAUCCCUCACACAGCAAUCUGGAGGAUGUCUGCAUGCACCUGACUAAUUAUUCCAUUAACAAGCACAGUACUAAUUUUGUCCGAGAUGAAGAUUCUGGAAGUAAGAGGAAGCUCUCCACCUUUAAUAAGUACAUGCAGAAGCAUGGCUAUGAUACCGACCAGAUGUGGCUGGAUAUAGAAGAUGUUAUUAUUAAAACCCUGAUAUCAGCACAUCCUAUUAUCAAACAUAACUAUCACACUUGCUUCCCCAAUCACACUGUGGGUAGCGCUUGCUUUGAAAUAUUAGGAUUUGAUAUUCUGUUGGAUCACAAACUCAAACCCUGGUUGCUUGAGGUGAACCACUCUCCAAGCUUCACCACUGACUCCUGGUUAGACAAAGAAGUGAAGGACCAGCUGCUGUAUGACACUUUGGUUCUGAUAAAUUUAGGGGCCUGUGACAAGAGAAAAAUCCUAGAUGAAGAGAAACGGCGAGGAAAGGAGAGACUCCUGAAGCAAUGCCGUUCUCGAGAGACCAGGGCUGAGGAGUAUAGGAACUGCCAGGCCACUUGGUUGAAACAAGCUGAGAAAUAUGAGGAGAAAAACAUAGGUGGUUUUCGCAGAAUUUACCCCAAAUCUGAUUUGGACAAAUAUGAUAAGUUUUUCCAGCACAACAAUUCACUCUUUCAGGAGACUGCAGCUUCCAGGGCACGAGAAGAACAUGCUAGACAGCAGCUACAGGAGCUGCGAAUGAAGCAUGAGCAAAAAACAGCCCAUUUGCGAGAGAAGAAGAUAGAGCUGCUGGGGGAGUCUGGAUCUGAGAAGAUAAAGACUUUCAAACAGAAGUUAGCGAGCAGGGCAGCUACAGCACAAGGAUUAAGACAGCAUUAUCUGUGUUCGGAGUCAGGACCUGGCGCUCGUCUCCUGCUUCACAGUUUCUCAGGUGAAAAAGAAACAAAAAAAGAAUUGGUUAAUGGGGAAUCAAGCAUCCCACCAAAAGAGCACCCCAACGCUCACGAGUAUUCAAAUGCACCUGAAAAACAAGCGGUACAGCACUGCAGCUCCAUGCCAAACUUGACAGUGCAGAACUCAACUAGUGCCCUGAACCAGUACAACUCCAACCGUGACCUGAGGGACCGCACAGUACAUGGUCAUCACUCUGCAGCAGAUAUGGACAUCAGAUUAAUACUCCAAACACCAGUGGAUUGUUCCAGAGUAUCAGAUAAUCCAAUUCAUUCUUCUUCAAAACCUUUCCCAACAUUGGCUCAACCUCGGACUGCAAUCACAACAGCAACUGACGUGGUUUACUGUGACAGCACAGUCACUCAGAACUUGGUGCCAUUUGGAUGCCAGAGAGAGCAACUCCAGCCCUAUGUCAGGGAGAACUUGACCUCAUACUCAAAAGUCCAUAGACCAUACAAAAACUUGUUAGAGCCUGACAUAGAAAAGAAACCUAUCUUGGUGUCAGAAUUCUUCAGCAAACUCAGUUUCACACCGGGGGAGAAGGCCCUAAUAUUCCCUUUUUGCCAUCACCCUCCUCUCAUCUAUAGAACACAAAGUGCUUUCCACUCCAGGAGAAUUCAUCUGAGUAGCAGAAACUCCACAGACAAGAGACAAACGAAACUUCAGAGUGCUCAAACAGUAUUCCAAAAAACUACUUGUCACCAGUUCAGCCUUCAGGACCUUUUGGUGAUCUCCAGCCCAGGUCGAGUGGACCCGCGACCUAGGAAAAGCAAUACCCUAACUUCAGGGGAUAUUCCGACGGGCAGGGCCUGAGCAGAACUGUGGCACUGUUUUGCCUCCUGAAGUCUGAGAGAUGCUCACUCCUGUAGACAAUCUGUUCAUCGGGAACUGACAGAAACAUUUUGUUGUUUCUUUUCAAAUAUACUCCUUGGUGAUUGCCUCCAGUUAUACAGCUUCCAUAGCAUGAAACAUCAAUGUGUCACCAAUGACAUUUGCAUUCAAAAAAAAAAAACCAAACCAAGUCAGGCGUUUGUGGGUGUCUUGAUGUGAACCUGUCGUACUGGAACUUGAUGUACAUCUCUUCCCUUUGGCCAUGUCUGCUUACUGCCAACUCUUGUUUUAGUUUAGUGAAAAAUUCUUUUAUAAGAAGAAUUCCAGUGUGAUGUCUGCUCUAUUCAAUUGAACAUCAGCCAUUAAGGGGAAAAUUCCCUGCAGUGAAUUUCAGCUGCACAACUCCUAAUAAUAUCAGCUGGAACUGCACAGCUGAAUCCUUGCAGCAUAAUUUGAAAAUUUACCCUGAAAUGUGCAGGACAAAUUUAUUUUAGCUAAUGUAGAGUGAAGUUCCAGUCCUGACUUUUAACAAGAGUUCAAAGGAAAUAAAAAUGGGCAGUAUAGUGUAGAAGGGCUUUUACUUUUCAGGGCCACAGAAAGCAAAGGCAAAAAGCUGAAACAAAAAGCACAAUGGGUACAUACUGUGGCAGAGUAGUGAAGAUGCUUUCUAUAUUGACAGAAGGAGUUUUUCCAUCAAUGUAGAUAAUCCACCUCUCUGAGGGCUGGUAGCUAGGCCUACAUAAGUAUUCUUCCAUUGACCUAGCUGCGCUACAUUGGAGGUUUGGUUGACCUCACUAUGUCGCACAAGGCACAAAACUUUUCAUAACCCUGAGCGACGUAGCUAGGUCAAUCUACAUUUUUAAGUGUGGACUCCCCCAAACAUGAUGCUGCAGGUCUUUAGAUUCUGUAGCGUUUGUAGUUUAGAUUCUUCCAUUCGGAGCCAGUAUUUUGCACUUAACGCUCUCAGAGAGUACUCAACCCUCAUAAAAAUGCCCUUUGUUGGCCCAGUCUCCAUCUGAUUAGUGGGGACAAGGUCUAAAAUCGCUGAGAGACGUUAAUUCAUUUAACGGGGCUGCUUCUUUUUCAAGUUGUGUUUCUGAACAUGCAUGUUUGAUUAUAAAAUUCGUAAUAGCAAUGGCUACUCAGAUCAUGCUGAAAGCCGUAAUACAGAGAGGAUGGAUGAAUGUGGUAUGGGACACGAGGGUGAGCAACGUAAGUGCUGCUAGUUAGGAAAUGCAUUUGUCUAUUGGAGAUGUGCUAAGAUCUACCACCUUUUCAUAAUGGAAAGUCUUUUAAAUAUUUGCAGUUGUGAACAAGGAAAUCCCCCUAGUUCAUUAUUAAUUAUCGUAUAUAGUGCCAACAACACUGCAGAUCUGCAAGAAGGCUCUCGCCCUUCCCAGCGGGCAUACAGUUCAAGCAUUGAUUUCAUUGGGAGUUUUACCCAAGUAAGGAAUGCAGGUUUAGGCCCUACACUCACAGGGCUAACUCCUCUGCUCUAAACCACCUUCAAGCUUGCACUGCUCUCCAGUGGGGCCUGUAGUGACCUCCAGCACAAAUUAAAAAAAAACAAGGGCUGCUCUAAGUUGCAUCAGCUUGUAAUAGCCCCCAAGGUUCAUUGGAGCACACUGCAUUUAGGUCUUGCCCUGUACUCGGGGAGGCAUGCGGGCCCUGGCAUAGAACCAGCUAGUCUAGCUGUAAACCAUCUGAGGAUUGCUCCACUCCAAGGGAAUCCCCAGACCCAUCAGCUUUAUACCAACUGAGGAUUCCCACGGGCCAACGGAAUCCCUACUACACAGCUUUAAGAUCUCUUUGGACCAUGUUCCAGGAUUGGUCCCAUAGCAACCAGUUCCAAAUUAUUUCACACAUUUUCCUCAAUCGGAACAGAAGUGUAAAUAAAAAGAACAAGAAGAUUUCUCCAGAAUAGGGAGGAACCUAGUCUGAGCAAGUGAGCUCUAGAUGAUAACUACUAUUCAUUAUUUUACAGUGCCUAAAGAUGUGAUAGAGCCGAAUACAAGUAGAAAGAGAGAGGUCCCUGCUCAAAGAAUUUACAGUAUCAUAUUAGACCUGACAGAACAACUGGGUAUAUUUAAUAGUAUGGAAGGGUGGAGUGAGGAAGAUCAAGAAUUCCAGCAACAAGACUUAGUUUCUUGAAUUAGGGUCAUGUAAUGGAAUUUCUACCAGCAGGAGGAAGAGGUUAUUUUCUUUCGUAGUUAAUAUUAUUAGAGAUUAUAAGCUCCUUUAUUGUGGGGUAUUACAGAAGGCUAUUUUAAGCCUACAUAGUCUCUUAAUGAUCUUUGAUCUUUUACAGUAUUAAAGGGAAUGUUUCAAGGGAAAAUAUUUAACUAUCUGAGAAACAAUGUUUCUGUUCUUACAAUUGGAAACGUUCAGAGGUGGUACAAAGGGGGGAAUCAAUGUUUUAACUUCUAAUUCCCCAAUGCCACCCUUCCUUCGCAUACGUUCAUGGUCUGAUCCAGAUUGAGAUAGCUGUAGGAAAAGAGGCUACAAGGAAAGCAAGAAGGAACUUCUAGGCCAUGAUCUUUGCAACAAGCAGUUUCUUUAGAAUUGAAAACCUGUCUUCUACAUUAGGGUUCAUUGGGCGGUUGCUCAGGAACAGCGUCACUUCAAAGCAAUCUCUUCCUCAAAGGCAUCAACAAUAUGUAUUGAGGCCCUUUCCUCUGGGAGAGGCUUGAAUUUGCAUGGACUUUUAACAUGAUUAUAACAAUCAGGGCAGAGCUGGCUCUCAUUAAAUGUUAAAGAUGAAAUUGAAUGUUUUGAAAAAAAAAUAUUAACCAUCACAUUCCAUCCAGAGACUAGCUGUGGGCUUAAAAUGCACAAAUUAAAUACAUUUUAAAACAAGAUCUUUGGAAAUCACAUUUCCUUGACAAGUUCUGAGUUUGAUUCCAGAUUUCUCCUACAAACAGCACUUGGAGUCCCAAUCCAGCAAACAUAUGAGUUUGUGACAAUGUGUCAUUAUUUUAGCUAUGGAUUUACCUCUCUUAUUUGGGAUAUGAAAUAAUUUUUAAUUUGUUUUUACAAAAGCCUCUAAUUCACCAUUAAAUUAUCAGUACAAAACCCCAGGACUAUAUGUUCCAAGCUGUGAAACCAUUUUAAACAGAGCUGUUGAAUAAUAUUUAUCAGAUAAUUAUUUGUGAUUUCCCCCUACCAAUCAACAGAUAAAUGGUGUGAAUUUUUUCUCAAUGAUUUAACCAACUCUGAUCAUUAGCAACAGACAGAUGUUAAGAUCUAAAAGCUACUAAUAGGGGCAUAUUAGAGACAUCGAUUUAGGGCUGCCACAGCUUUAACUACUUUGCAAUGAAUUAGAUUUGAUUAGCUUUUGGGAACAAUGGAAAAAUUCUUUUAGGAGUGACAGAAAGCUAAGUAGUGUUGAGCCUAGGUAAUAAAUGCGCCUUUGUUUAAUUGCUGGACAUUAAAAUACUCUUGAAACAUCCUCUCAAAAACACUUAUUGCCAUUACCUAACUAAAAUUGACCUGGGAAAUGACAAAAAUACCCCAGUCUGGACAGUCUCUCCACAAAAGAAUUAAUGGACACAAAUCUGACAUCAGGAAUCAUAAUACUAAAAAAACAGUGGGAGAACACUUUAACCUGUCUGGCCAUUCAAUGACAGACCUGCGGGCGGGUAUCUUACAACAGAAAAACUUCAAAAACAGACUCCAAGGAGAGACUGCUGAGCUGGAAUUGAUAUGCAAACUAGAUACAAUCAACUCAGGAUUGAAUAAGGACUGGGAAUGGCUGAGCCAUUACAAACAUUGAAUCUAUCUCCCCUUGUAAGUAUUCUCACACUUCUUAUCAAACUGUCUGUACUGGGCUAGCUUGAUUAUCACUUCAAAAGUUUUUUUUCUCUUACUUAAUUGGCCUCUCAGAGUUGGUAA